AUGAAAAUUCCAUUUUUCCUUUUAUGGGGCUUUACCAUAGCCCUAGUAACAGCAUCAGCAGACACAAAUUUGGGUCACAUGUAUAUUCUGGACCAUAUGUAUUUGGAACUAGACUCGAAAAAUUCGCUUACCUGCCAGUCGAUUCUGAUGAAAAAGAGAACUGGGUAUGAAUCACUCAAUUUGAAGGUUCUGGCAUCAGAGACCAUCAACGACAACGCUGAAUUGUCGGUGGUUUUGUUUAGAGCAAAAGAGAUCGAGUAUCUCAAUUUUUACUCGGGACAAAGUCCAUCGCAACUCUUUACUAUUUUCAAUCGUGAAACUGAAAUUUUCAAGGGUGUUCAAAAAUUGAGUAAAUCAUACAAAACAACGCUCAAAAACGAGUUUGCAGUGCUCAAAAAAGGUGAAAAUCAUGUUUUUCAACUAUUUUUGGAACAGUCUGGAGUCUACUGUGCGAUGGUUGCGGUGUCUCCCAAGGUACCCCCAAAGACAUUAUCGUUCCAAUUGAGCACCAAGAGUCCGAAUGGAAGCUUGAAUAGCCAACAAGUGCUUGGGUUUGACAUCUUGUUGCCCCUGAGUAUUGCUGGAAUUGUGUUUUUGGCAAUUGCUGCAAAAAAGUAUUUCGACUUGAAGUCACAAAAAUUGGCCCGAGAACCCAUAAUCCUAAAGUCGAUUGUGUUUUGGAUAAUAGUACCACUCGAAACAAUUCUUUCAAUUUGGUGCUUGUUUCUUUGCUUGCUGCGUAAUGCUGAACCAUUCACUUUUGCAUCCUCGGUCUGGAAUUAUUGCAAUUCUUUUUUGCACUAUCUUUUUCAGGUGCAACGUUACUUUGUCCAGUAUGGUCUUUUAUUGUUUGCAAAUGGCUAUGGAUUACUUUACAGCUUUCAAAAUUCUUCUACUUAUUCCAACUUUCCUCCUGAUAAACUCAAAUGGCCAAGACGCUUUCUCAUUGCUGAUAUCAUCAACAGACCUACUUUAUUGGUGGUUCAGUUUGCUUUGGGUAAGUUACCCGAAAAAUCAAGCACGCUCUCCAUGUCCCUAGGAGCCGCAAUAGUGUUCUUUCUGGUAAUUAUGGCUGCGUUUCAAAGUAUAGCUACCAUCUGCCAAAUAUGGUUUCCCUACCGUUACCACAAACAAGUUUUGAAAACGAUUGCAAUCAGUAAGCAGAAACAUGAGAAAGACGAACAAAGAAUUAGGGACAUUCUGAAAACAGAAAAGGCAUUCAAGAGGAGUAUUGCAAUUGGCUUAUUCAUGAAUGUGUUGCGCCCAAUUAUAAAUGUGAUUUUAAUGGUUGCAACUCCAGGAACUGAGUUUGACAAGUUGGAAUCUAGCUAUGGUUCAUACUUGCGAGUUGGAGACAUUGCCAUUGACAUUAUUCAAGUAUUUCUGAUUGUGGUUCCAUUUGUAUAUAUAUGGAGUUCUGAGCUGUGCCGUCUGGUAUUUGUGGAGAAAAGCAAGGAGGAAUAA